GCUUGAUGGUCAGCUAUUGCGGACCUUUCCCCGACUAAUUCAGGACCCGUUUACAUAAUUUCAACUUCGCCUUGACUGUGACUCUACUUUCGUACCUAGUAGUGAGCACUUAGAACAGGUCGGCGUUCAUUUAUUCUGAUAUCUCGUUCAGUAGCUCUACACUUACUAUUCCACAACAGUGUUCCUAUAUUCUUCUCAGGAGAGAAGAGAAGAGUAGCGCCAAUAUCACUGAUGCAUCACACACCUAUCACUUAAUCCGAGUACAAGGACUUGAGAAGCGCCCUGUGUUCUACUAUUUAAAAAGCCGUCGCACGUCCAGAUUUCUACAAGCCUACAUCUCUUCCUUCCCAAAUGGCACCUACCCUACCGCUUCACGGUUCGCAAAGCGGCGAAACCCACGUCUUCAUUGUUCGUGUGGUAACUUCCUUCGUCAUAACAGCCUUCCACUUCUUACUUUAUGGCCUAUACAUCCCUCUCUUUCGCACCGCACUCAUUUUGAUGAGAAAACGACCUCCAUCGGCCGCAAGGACGUUCCACAAGAUAUCACUCGUCGCCUUGUUCACUUUGGCAUCGAUCGCUGUACCACUGAGUCUGACCUUUGAUAUCUACCACAUCGCUGUGGCAUACUACACCGAUUCAAGCCCGUAUUACAGGACUCAGAUCGAUGUACAGAUUGCUCGAUAUGCUAUCAUUUACAUCAUGAUGUUGAUCAUCGACAGUAUCUUGCUAUUCCGGUGUUUCGUCAUUUUCGGGUAUCGAAAGAAGAAAGUCGCUCUUGGACUUCUGAUCGGUGUCGUCUUCAUCUUGAAUAUGCUCGGAACGAUCUUCUCAAUAUGGACAGAAAUCGAGUUCCGAAAAAGAAUAGGAACGCCCGCUUUUGCUCACUUUGUGAAUAUUCCACAAUAUCUGGCUAAUGGAUUCCUGGGACUCCUCGCGUUAAUCAAUUUCAUACUCACAACCCUCCUCGCUACACGAAUCUGGUGGUUAUCCCGGAGGAAUCGAGCGUUACGAUAUGAGCGGGGGGAUGAAUCUUCAACCAGGGGCCACAUCAGAGGGCUCAACACUAUCGUCGCUAUCCUCCUGGAAUCUGGCGUGCUAUAUCUGGUCAUGUAUGUCAUUUUUAUCGUCGGGAAUCUCGUCAAGAAUUCCUUUGAUCUGGGGUCUAUGACGAUUCAAAUCGGUGGAAUUACCCCGACGAUUAUCUUCGUUCGUGCCAAUAUGAAUGGAAGGUCCUCCGAACCAGAGGAAGAAGACUACCAUGACAAUAGCAGUAAUGCGAUUCAGAGUCAGUCGAAUUAUAGCAGUCGGUCUGUAAGGUCGCUAUCGGAGGUGCUAGGUACGUCCAGGGAAGACAGAGAGAAGCGGCCAGAGCUAUGAGAUCAUUCUCUUAGUAUUAUGCAUGCAUUUUUUGGGCCUCGG